GGAUUCGGCCGAUUGAACACCCUAUAUGCGGAUAUGGUCUCAAAAAUUUUGGUAAAGUGAAACAACCAGAAACAGGCGCUGAGAAAGAAACCAUGUCUCAAGAAGAUCAGGAGGAAGAAGUUGGGAAACUGGCCGUCCGCCUAGCCAACGCCGUGGUACUUCCAAUGGUCUUGAAAUCAGCCUUGGAGCUGAACAUAAUUGACACAAUCUCAGCCGCUGGUGAUGGCGCGUUUCUGUCGCCUUCCCAGAUUGCGAGUGCCCUUCCCUCCAAGAAUCCUGACGCACCAGUGCUACUUGAUCGAAUGCUACGCCUGUUGGCCAGCCAUUCCAUUCUCAAAUGCUCAGUAAAAGCAAAGGAAAAAGGAGAAAUUGAAAGACUGUACGGUGCAGGCCCACUAUGCAAGUUCCUUGUUAAGAAUCAAGAUGGAGGGUCGAUUGCACCUCUCCUUUUGUUGCACCAUGACCAAGUCUUCAUGCAAAGCUGGUACCAUUUAAAUGAUGCUAUACUAGAAGGAGGGGUUCCUUUUAGUAAGGCAUACGGGAUGACAGCAUUUGAAUAUCCAGGAACCGAUCAACGAUUCAAUAGAGUAUUUAACCAGGCAAUGUCAAAUCAUACUGCUUUGAUAAUGAGGAAGAUUGUUGAUGUUUAUAAAGGGUUUGAUGGGUUGAAAGUGUUGGUUGAUGUGGGUGGUGGGAUUGGGGUUGCUCUCAGUUUUAUUACUUCAAAGUAUCCUCAAAUCAAGGGCAUCAACUUUGAUCUGCCUCAUGUUUUGGCUGAUGCACCCACUUAUUCAGGUGUUGAGCAUGUUGGCGGAGAUAUGUUUGAAAGUGUUCCAAAAGGUGAUGCGAUUUUUUUAAAGUGGAUACUCCAUGAUUGGAGUGAUGAACAUUGCUUGAAGCUUGUCAAGAACUGUUGGGAAGCUCUCCCUAAUGGUGGGAAAGUGAUUAUUGUGGAAUCUAUCUUACCCGAGGUUCCUGAUACCAGUGUUUCUUCUAACAUUGUCUGUGAACAAGAUCUGUUUAUGUUAGCUCAAAACCCGGGGGGCAAAGAGAGAACCCUAAAGGAAUAUGAGGCCUUAGCUUUAAAAACAGGUUUCUCUGGCUGUGAAGUAAUCUGCUGUGCUUAUAACAGCUGGGUCAUGCAAAUGGAGAAAAGGGCAAUUUAUUGAAGUUCUAUUGGAAACUUCCAUUUCCUUUCAUCUACCCCCACAGGAGGAUUCAACAUAAUGUUUACUUUUUAUAGUGUUUGAUAAUAUUCUUGGGGUUUACUCAAAAUUACCUUCUGUUGCCAGUACUUUUAAGUUCUGCUAGUGAUGAUGAUGAUGAUGAUGAAAAGAAAAUUCUAAAAAGAUCCCGAGACAUGCAUAUUUAUUUGUAUUAUGAAAUUUCUAAAAUGAAAAAAAAAACGAACAGUACUUAUUAUGUUAAAUAAUAACAAAAUUAAUGCUCAA